AUGAGCGACGUGGAUAUGGAAUCAAUCGGUACGUGCGAGUACGACCCCGACGACAUGGACUUGGAGGGACCACUUGCGAGGAUGGCAACAGCUACAGUAGGACAAUUUCCCAACAUGGUUCCUCGCAUUAAACUUGCAGCGAAAUCGGACCUCAAGGAUUUCCACGGAAGAGAUCAAAGCGAGUUCCGAGCACGCAGUUGGGUGGUCACUGUGAAAACCGCGUUCAUGAGAGAUCAAGAGCCCGACGAUGAAAAGUGUCUUGUCUUCGGUGGAUUGCUAACUGUACCAGCUCAAAACUGGUAUCGCCAACUGGGUUGCUCGGUUUGA